AUGACUGCGGAAAUGCCCAGUAGCCGCGUAAGCACCGCCACCACACCGACCUCGCAAACCGCCGAGCCCGGCACAUCAACCGCUUGUCUGCCCUGUCGCCAGCGACAUCUGAAAUGCGACGGCAAGCGACCGUGUAAACGCUGCGUCGACUCGCAUGGCAACUGCGUCUUCGUGCCGUCUCGGCGGGGACAGAGGAUCCAGCAACGAGGCGGCAGCCAAUGCAUAGCGACCCAGGAAUUGGAGUCGCUCCCGGGAAUCAAGCGUACGCACGACGAUGCCGGAUUCCUGGCGUCCGACUGCCGCCGGAAAUCCCUCUUCCGAAGCUUCACCCCGCCGCCUCCGGCCUCGCGAUCCCUCGUCGCAUGGGGCAAGUCCGGCCCUACCUUGGCCGGGUCGCAGCACCAGUUUCACCCUCACCCUGCAGUGAACUUCGAGCGCUGCAUGUCAUCCUAUUACCGCAACUUUCACGCCAGCCACCCCCUCGCGCUGCCGCAGGCGAAGCUGCAACCGCUGGUCAAGGACGACGCGCUGCAGCCCCUCCUGGUGGUCAUGCACUGGGUUGGAUCCAAGUACGUCGCCCCCGAGGCGGAGCAGGGGCCGCUGCUGGAAAUUGCGAGGCUGGCCGUGGACGAGGCAACCGAGACGAGGACCGCCAGCGGGUUUACCGUCCAGGCCAUGGUCGUGCUGCUGGUCGCGCUGGACGGGGAGGGAUACGCGCAGCAGGCGGUGGAGCUGCUGGCCAGGGCCAAGGAGAUGCUGCUCGCCCUCGGGAUGAACUACGGGAGCUUUGCGAGGAGCGCGAGGAUGAGGUCCCGCGUGCUGGAGGAGAGCUGGCGCCGGACCUGGUGGGAGGUCUACGUGCUGGACGGCAUGUUUGCGGGCGCGCAUCGCGCCACCACCUUUACGCUCUUUGACGUGCCAACCGAUGUCGGGCUGCCAUGCGAAGAAGACGAGUACGAGAGUGAUCAAAUACCCGAGCCUCGCACGCUGGACGAUCUGAACGACCGCGACCUCGCCAUGGACGACCGCGAGUUCUCAUCCUUUGCCUACCGGAUCCUCAGCGUGCGGAACCUGGGCCGCGUCAUGCGCGGCGGCGGCGAGGAGGACGCGGACGCGCUCGAGGUGCUCCUCAGCAGCUGGCGGCACAACAUUCCGGCGUCGAAGCGCGACUCGCUGCGGCGCGACGGGCGGGUGGACGAGAUGGCCUUUCAGGCGCACAUGCUCAACCAUACGACGUCGAUCCUGCUGCAUCGCCCGCGCGCGCAGCUGGACCCGGCGCCGGCGCGGACCAUUGACGCCUGCAGCGCCGCCACCGCCGCGGACUACCACCACCACCAACAGCAGUACCCGCACCCGGCGGUCAACUUGCACACACGGCACGUGGUCGACGCGGCCAACGAGCUCGGCAGGAUGAUGACGCACCGCGCGCCUCUGACGCAGCGCACGCACUUUUUCAUCUGCGCCGUGGUGCUCGCCGCGGUGGUGCAGCUGGGCGCCUGGUCCGACCAGGAGGACAAGGAGGAGGAGGAGGAGGAGGGGGCGGGGCCCGGGGCCCGGGAGCAGGUGCGGCUGUGCAUCGGCGCGCUGCGGCGGAUGGCGACGGUCUGGGGGCUCGCGGGCAGGGCGCUCGGGCAGGUGCGCGAGGUGGCGGGGAGGGUGCACCUGGCGAGGGCGCAGAGUCGACAGAUGGAGCAGUUCCUGGUGGACGUGGUCGCGGACGAGGAGGUGCUGGGCAUGUUUGCGGCGGACGCGGACGCGGCGACGCUGGUGGACAUGGAGACGGCCCUGGCGGAGCAGGUGUGA